AUGGAGGAACUGGCCCGAGAGAGCAUCAACCUGCUGGCCCGCUCUGCGUCUCGUUCCGGCCCCCCGCGGCUCGGUUCAUUCGGUGCUGUGUUCAUCAUGCUGAAGUCUGCGCUGGGUGCCGGACUGCUCAACUUCCCCUGGGCUUUCCAGAAGGCAGGGGGAGUGAAUACUGCCCUCAGUGUGGAGCUGGUUUCCCUGGUCUUCCUCAUCAGUGGUCUGAUCAUCCUCGGCUAUGCCUCCUCAGUCAGCAGACAGAACACGUACCAGGACGUGGUGAGGGAGGUGUGUGGAGGAGCGGUGGGUCAACUCUGUGAAAUCUGUUUCUGCUUCAACCUCUUCAUGAUAUGUGUGGCCUUCCUGGUGGUGGUGCAGGACCAGCUGGAGAAGUUGAGUGUUUCUUUAUACGAGACGGUGACUGGGUCCACUGAGAUGCCGUACCACUGGUACACCGACCAGCGGUUUUACCUCUUCAUCAUGUGUGUCAUCAUCAUCCUCCCCUUGUCCAUCCCAAAAGAAAUCGGCAUCCAGAAAUACACAAGUGUGUUGGGGACGCUGGCGGCAACAUAUCUGUGUGUGGCAGUGAUCGUAAAGUAUUACCUGAUGGAGAGCCACAAUGUUAUAAUAACUCCAGAGCACAGCGAAGGUGUGGGUUCGUGGGCUUCAAUGUUCAGUGUCGUGCCGACCAUCUGCUUUGGCUUCCAGUGCCAUGAAGCCUGUAUUACCAUCUACAGCAGCAUGGAGAACAAGAAGCUCUUAAACUGGGUCAUCAUCUCAGUGGUCUCCAUGUUUUUCUGUUUACUCAUUUACACUCUCACUGGUGUGUACGGCUUCAUGACGUUUGGACGAGCGGUUGCCUCCGAUAUUUUGAUGUCAUAUCCAGGAAAUGACGUGCCAAUGAUCAUAUCCAGGCUACUUUUUGGAAUAUCAAUCAUCACCAUCUAUCCUAUUAUUCUUCUCCUGGGGAGAUCUGUCAUCCUGAACCUGAUGGUGCGUAUUCAAAGGCGUCGCUGGGGAGUCGUCACCCAUUCGUUUGAGACUCGCUGCAGAGUGGUUCUCACUGUGAUCUGGAUCACCGUCACUCUUCUCAUCGCCAUGUUUGUCCCCGACAUGGGGGAGGUCAUCAGUGUCAUCGGGGGAAUCAGCGCCUUCUUCAUCUUCAUCUUUCCUGGUCUUUGCUUAGUGUUCACAAUGCAAAGUGAACCUGUGAGUCCAAGAGUCAGGGUGAUUUUAACAGUCUGGGGAGUUGUAACCAUCGUAGUUGGAUCUUUCAUCUUCGGACAGAGCACGACCAUCGCUAUAAUAGAGAUUUACCAGAAAUUCUGA